AUGGCUGAUGAGAUUGAAGGGGUUGGGGAUGCCCAUAAUAUUGCUAACGCCAUUGCUUUGGCUGAUGAUAGAGAGAGGGCCAUAAGGGAGUAUGAUGCCCCUAUGUUUAAUGAGCUAAAUCCGAGCAUUGUGAGGCCUGAAAUCCAUGCAGCCCAAUUCGAGUUAAAGCCCGUCAUGUUCCAAAUGCUCCAAACGGUUGGUGAAUUUAGUGGGCUACCAACGGAAGAUCCUCAUCUCCACCUUCGUUCAUUUUUGGAGAAGUUGGGAAUUGGAGAAGCAAGGCCAACAACCGUCACUUUGCAAUUGGCGGAUCGUUCUAUGGCUCACCUGGAAGGAAAAAUUGAAGAUGUUCUAGUGCAAGUUGAUAAGUUCAUUUUCCCGGCCGAUUUUAUAAUUCUUGACUAUGAGGCAGAUAAAUAUGUUCCUAUUAUUUUUGGUAGGCCAUUUCUAGAUACCGGGAGGACUUUAAUUGAUGUGCAAAAAGGAGAGCUUACUAUGAGGGUGAAUGACCAACAAGUGACUUUUAAUGUGUUCAAUGCUAUGAAGUUUCCGGAUGAGGUUGAGGAAUGCUCUCGGUUGAGUGUAAUUGAGUCAAUUGUAGCUGAAAAGUUCCACAAAGAAGUUUUCAAAGAUGGAAUGGGGGUGAGUUCACUUGAAGAGCUUGAAGACUUAAGUGAAGAGGAGGAAACCCAAGUUACAUGGGUAGAAUUAAAGCAGCCCUUUACUAAAUUCGGAAGGCCUUUUGAGUCUCUAGACUUGUCAGAAGGGAAUUUCAAGCCUCCUAAGCCUUCUAUUCAAGAGCCACCAAAGUUAGAAUUGAAGCACUUGCCUAGUCACUUGAAUUAUGCUUAUUUGGGAGAUAAUGAGACUUUGUCCGUGAUUAUUUCAGCGGUGUUAGGAGCUAAAUAUGAAUGUUUGUUGCUUGAUGUGUUGAAGAAAUACACAAGAGCCAUUGGUUGGACCAUGGCGGAUAUCAAGGGUAUAAGUCCUUCAUUUUGUAUGCAUAAAAUUCUGUUGGAAGAUUGUUGUAAUAAUUCUGUUGAGCAGCAGCGAAGGCUUUACCCUAUCAUGAAGGAAGUGGUGAGAAAAGAGAUAAUUAAAUGGCUUGAUUAUGGAAUUGUUUACCCAAUUUUGGAUAGUUCUUGGGUUAGCCCGAUUCAGUGUGUUCCAAAGAAAGGUGGAGUCAUGGUGGUGGCUAAUGAAAAUAAUGAGUUGAUUCCCACAAGAACAGUGACGGGGUGGCGAGUUUAUAUGGACUACCGAAAGCUGAAUAAGGCCACACGGAAGGACCAUUUCCCGCUGCCAUUCAUUGACCAAAUGCUUGAUCAGUUGGCGGGAAAGGAGUUUUAUUGUUUUCUUGACAGGUAUUCAGGCUAUAAUCAUAUUUCCAUUGCUCCGGAAGACCAAGAGAAGACUACAUUCACUUGUCCCUAUGGCACCUUUGCCUUUAGAAGGAUGCCGUUUGGGUUGUGCAAUACUCCUGCCACUUUCCAACGUUGUAUGAUGGAAAAAUCUCUUGUAGUCUUCAUGGAUGAUUUUUCAGUAUUUGGUGAGUCCUUUGACACUUGUUUGGCUAACUUGGAGAAAGUCUUGGCAAGAUGUGAAGAAACUAACUUGCAAAAUCGAGCAUUUGAGUUCACUCAGGAGUGUCAAGAAGCAUUUGUGACUUUAAAAAAGGCUCUUAUCACUGCACCCAUCAUUGUAGCUCCGGAUUGGUCUCUUCCUUUUGAAUUGAUGUGCGAUGCGAGUGACUUUGCCGUGGGUGUCGUGCUUGGGCAGCGAAAAGAAAAGGUCUUUCAUUCCAUUUAUUAUGCAAGCAAGACGUUAAUCGAUGCUCAAUUGAACUAUACCACCACCGAGAAAGAACUUUUGGCGGUUGUGUUUGCUUUUGACAAGUUUAGAGCCUAUCUUGUGGGGACAAAAGUGGUGGUUUACAUAGAUCAUUCAGCAAUCAAGUAUCUUAUAGCAAAGAAGGAUGCUAAGCCAAGACUUAUUCGAUGGGUUCUUCUUCUUCAAGAAUUUGACUUGGAGAUUUGGGAUAGAAAAGGAAUAGAGAAUCAAGUGGCUGACCAUUUAUCUAGGCUUGAGGCUGGUACUGAGAGGCAAGAUGAAGGGCCUAUUAAAGAGACAUUCCCUGACGAGCAAUUGUUAGUUGUGAACCAAGUCACUACACCAUGGUAUGCUGAUUUUGUCAAUUAUUUGAUGAGUGGUUUGCAGCCACCUGAUUUGAAUAGGCAGCAGCUCAAGAAAUUCUUUCAUGAUGUGAGAUUUUAUUGUUGGGAUGAGCCCUAUUUGUACAAGCAAUGUCCAGAUCGUAUCAUGAGGAGUUGUGUGCCUGAGGAUGAAGUUUCAAGUAUUCUAGAGCAUUUUCAUUCAGCUCCUUAUGGUGGGCAUUUUGGUGGGCAAAGGACAGCAGCUAAAUUUUUUCAAUCGGGUUACUAUUGGCCUUCUAUUUUCAAGGAUGCUCGUGAAUUUGCUAAAAGAUGUGAUCACUGCCAACGUGUUGGAAAUAUUUCAACAAGGAAUGAAAUGCCGUUGAAUUGCAUCCUUGAAGUAGAAUUAUUCGAUGUUUGGGGAGUUGACUUUAUGGGGCCAUUUCCACCGUCAUUCGGGAAUUUGUAUAUCUUGGUGGCAGUCGAUUACAUAAACAUGUUUUCACCCGCUUUGGCACUCCAAGGGCUCUUAUAA